GACGUGUAUGGACACAGAAGGUAGUGGUCAUGAUCACAAAAGUUUGAUGUGUGUGUGUGUGUGAGAAACAUGGCACUUUCGGUGAAUGUCAGUGUUGAAGCAGCGCAAGAGUACCAAGUUCAAGAAAUUACUUACGAUGGCCAGGAAAUCUACACGCAACCUCUGUCUAUGUCGGAGAAUCUUACAAAGUUAGCCCAUAAGAUUGACUUUGGAAAGGUUGAUGAUGAUGAUAGUCAGGACCACCUAGAAAGUACUCCCAACUUCUGUGGUGAAGAACAGAAAGAGCUGGUUACAUUUCAACCAUCCCUCUGGCCAUGGGACUCUGUUCGCACUAAGUUGCGGAGUGCUCUGACAGAGAUAAGUGUUCUUGUAGAUGUACUGAAUAUUGCAAAAGAGAAAAGAUACAUGGUUUUAGAUCCGGUUUCCCAGGACCCCCCUGAAGUAAAAAAUGUAGCAAUAUUAGUUGCUAAAAAGAAGGGUCUUGUAAGUGCUGCUGCAAUUAUUCAAAAGGGAGCAGAACGCUUACGAAUAUCUCAGGCAGAAGGAAAGAAUCGCUCACUUUCAGACUUUCAUCUUGAAUUGUUGAACAUGCGUCAGAAGUGGAGACUAAGAAAACAAGGAAGUCUAAUUUUAGGGGAUCUAAGUUAUCGUAGUGUUGGGUCACGAUUCUGGCAAAAUGGAACAUAUGAAGUGACAAAAAGUGAACAGCCUAAUACAACUGUUACUUCACUCUCCCCUGGUGGACCUCAAGUUCCACGGCCCAGUGCAUUGAAAGUUACUCUACCCAGUGAACUGGAAGGAAACAGUUAUAUUCAUGUUGUAAUUCAAAAAGAUACAGAAACAAUAGCUGCUGGAGACUUUACAUCUCCUUUUAUUUCACCUAUUCACUCUGAUUCCCAUUGGAUGAACAAGUUGGAGGGUGCACAAAAUGUACUCUUUUGUAAAGAACUUUUUUCUCAGCUAGCCAGAGAGGCAGUGCAGCUUCAACCCUCAAUACCUAAUCUUGUAGUAGGAAAUCAGAUCACAGCAUCACUUUUCCCAGGAGUGCAGUUAUGUUUUUCACUUUGUCACUUGACAGCACAAGAUAAGAGUAAGGCCACAAUUUUACCUGCUCCUCUUGAAAACAAAGCAGUUCUGGAACAUUCCUUAUAUCAGUUGUUGAGAGAACAUCAUCAUCAAAAUAUUCAUCUUCCAACACCUCACCCAGUGACAGGAACCCUUGGUGUCAGUAAGCGACGCCAAAUUGCUGGGCCUGAAGCUCUUGAUCGACACACGCUGAUGGAGAGUUGUAAAACCAAUACCUGGUUAGAGCAAAUAAUUGAGCAAACACAACACACAAUCUUGAGAUUGAGAACUAUGUACAUCAUUGAUACAUAUGCCAGUGAAAACAAAGAUCCCCUGAUUGUUGCCCAUUGGGCUUCACUUUCAAGUCCGACCUGCAGCUCAGUGAAAAUUAAUAUUAUGACUCAUGGAUAUGAAACUAUAUAUAGAACACCUCUUGUGAUACAUGUUGAAAGAAAAACACUGAAAGCAGUUUGUCGAGAUGGAAGAGUCAUGAACCUUUCUUAUGAACCUCAGGAGCUUACAUACCUCUUAAUGUCUCAGGUUUCACAGCAUCAAGUGAAUGCAGUUCAGUGCCUUGCAAAAGUGAUGGGGUGGAAGGUCUUGUCAUCCAGCAGCCAUGUAGGAGUGGGGCCUGUCGAGCCUAUUGGAAAUGCUUCUUCUGUUGUAAUGGCAUCUUCAACAGGAGAUAGGGUGAUUGCUAUACGUUGUGGGCCACAAACUGACAUACAGGUCAGUGUGUCAUCAUCACCUCAAGAACAAGAUUUUUACCCUAGUACCCUGGUUAGAGACCGAAAGUGGCAAAACCUAAGUGGCAGUUUUCGAGAAGUUGCCCUGGAAAAGAUGGAAGGAAAGAACUUCUUGAAUAAAAUGGAAAAUCUCAUGGCAUGCUUAACUACAUGCUAAUAACUUUUCUUGUUUACAUUUACUUUGGAAGUAACAUGAGAAAAAAUGUUAGCAUAUCUCAGUGUUUAGCACACUUUGUACAAAUAUUGUAUAUUAAUGCAUAAGGCAGUGAUAAAGAAUUUGUAUUAUGGUCUUAUGUUAUGAUAUUAAAAUUUUUUUAAGAAUUGAAUUUAAGCAAGCUUUUUGUGUUUCAAAUAACCACAAUAUUUACUACUAUAUGACUGCUUCAUCUAGUUUUUUUAAAUAUAUUUUUAACAAGUUGUAGUUUUUAAAAGCAGGAAAAUACACUACGUACUCAUAACACCUAUGAAAGAAUUUGGCUUCUUAAAAUACAUUUUUACCCUAGAACAUAUAUGUCAGAAAAUUCAAAAUACAGUGUACAUAAAUGAAUCCUAAGUAUUAUAAAAUUUUAACUAGAUUAUAUAUUUUUAUUCAUUUAUUAAUAGUAAAAAUUGAUAAACAUUUGAGUCCACUGUUAUAGGGAUCCAGUUUUUCUGUUUGAGAUUUGAUCCAUCUAUGAAUGUGUAUGUGCCAAAAUACAGCAAGAGUUAACUUAAAUAAAAAGCCUAAUAAGGGAGUUAAAUGCAA